GCCUUCGACGCCAUCUCUCGCCGUUUCCUUUUUCUCUUCCCCUUCUUCCUCUCCACGGCAGCAGCCCGCAGCUAGGGUUCCUCUCUCUCCCGCCGCCGCCGCCGAAUCGCCGGAGGAAGAGAGGAGAGGAGAUGGGGACGCCGGAGACUUCGCGCGAGCCGUGCCCGGACCGGAUCCUCGACGACGUGGGCGGCGCGUUCGGGAUGGGCGCCGUGGGGGGAUCCAUCUUCCAUUUCCUCAAGGGCACCUACAACUCCCCCAACGGCGAGCGCCUCAUGGGCGGCGCCCAGGCCAUGCGCAUGAACGCGCCGCGGGUCGGCGGGAGCUUCGCCGUCUGGGGCGGCCUCUUCUCCGCCUUCGACUGCACCAUGGUCUUCGUGCGCCAGAAGGAGGACCCCUGGAACUCCAUCAUCGCCGGCGCCGCCACCGGCGGGUUCCUCUCCAUGCGCCAGGGCCUCGGGGCCUCCGGCCGCUCGGCGCUCAUGGGCGGCGCGCUACUCGCCCUCAUCGAGGGCGCAGGCCUCAUGCUCAACCGCGUCCUCGCCGCGCCGCAGAAUCUCCCGCCUCUCCCCGCCGACGACCCCAGCCUGGCCGCUGCCAUGGCGGGCGGAGGAGGCGGCUUCCAUGGCGUAGGCGGCUUCCCAGGCAUGCCUCAGCCAAACGUGUCCCCCAAUGAGGUCGCGAGCUCGAGUGGUGGAGGUAGCUGGUUCGGGGGCCUGUUCGGCAAGGAGGAGGAGGAGAAGAAGCCCAGCGGAAGUGGGGGCAAGUCGGACAUGUUGGAGAGCUUCGAGACGCCCAGCCCUCCGAUACCAUCGUUCGAGUACAAGUGAAAAAAAAGGUAUCUGAUGGCGCCGAUCGAGAAGUAGCAAUCUGAAACUGGGGCCAUGCAUAAGCUUUAUCUUGGGAGGAGAGAUGGAAACACUUGUUCGACGAACUCAUGCAUGAGACACUCAACUUCUGCUACUACUAUCUCUGGGCCGGCCUAUCGGGAGAAGGUUUUGGCCGCUGGUUUCUUCUAUUAUAAUUAGGUAAUGUAUGCGAGGCAUUUUAAAUGCGACAGGUUAAGCAAGCUUUGCCUGCUCCUGUUGCGUGUUAGUACGUAGUAGCAGUAAUAAUAUACAUACCCAUAGCAUCAAUCCAAUAUGUUGUGUGCAAAUGUACUGCACCUGAAAUGCCUUAAAUUUAUGCAUGUUGCUGGCUUCUCCAUUGUC